AUGGGAAGGACUAUUAGAAGGCGCAGGAGUAAUUCUUCGCUUUCGGAGGCCAUAUCAGUGUCUCUGGGAAUAAACCAAGACUCAUCUGUAAACAAGAUGCAUAGAGCAAGUGUUAGCGCAAUGUCACCCCCGUUAUGCCGUUCGUACAUGAGUGGAUUUUUUACCGGCGGAAACUCACCUAUGAUCAACAAUAUGUCAGAUUCAAAACUUCCCGUCUCGAACAAACAACAUCCUAAAGUAAUACACGGAUCAGAAAAUUUGCAUAGGCAAACUGCCCAACUCUCCAAUGAAUUUUGCUCUUCUUCCGUGGAAGAAAAUUCUCCAACAAUUAAAGAUUAUAUGGACAUUAUAGAUAGUGGUGACAGAAAAGAUGAUCAAUCUAUGCGCACUAUAGAAGAGAAUAUUGAUGAAGAAUAUUCAGACGAAUACUCGAGAUUGUUACUUAGCCCAGCAUCAUCUAAUCUCGAUGAUGGUCGAAAUCGUGGACUACAGGAUGGUUCGGUGUCGGAAUUAGAAGAUGGUUAUGUGAGCGGAUAUCAGUCACUUCGUCCCCCGCAUAAUUUAAGAUUCAGGCCAAGAAACUUGUGGCAUUUGUGUACGUCAUUUCCUUCCAAAUUUGCACAUUAUCUACCUGCAGCAGUAUUGGGUUUGUUAUUGAACAUUUUAGAUGCCUUAUCUUAUGGUAUGAUCAUUUUUCCAAUUACCGAACCUGUUUUUUCUCACUUAGGACCGACUGGUAUAUCCAUGUUUUAUAUCUCCACCAUAAUAUCACAAGCCGUGUACUCCGGAGGCUGGUCGAGUUUUCCUUCGGGAAUUGGGAGUGAAAUGAUUGAAAUCACUCCGUUUUAUCAUACAAUGGCACUAGCUGUAAAAGAGGCACUAGCAGGUAAUGAUGACGAAAUCAUAACAACAACAAUCUUUUGUUAUGUAAUAAGUUCUAUGCUCACAGGUGUCGUUUUCUAUGUAUUAGGUAAACUACGACUAGGAAAAAUAGUAGGGUUUUUCCCACGACACAUAUUGAUCGGCUGUAUUGGAGGUGUUGGUUAUUUUUUGAUAAUUACAGGUAUUGAAGUAACAACGAGGGUCGCCAAAUUUGAAUAUUCAUGGCCUUUUUUUUCGGGGCUGUUCACGAAUUAUGACACUUUAGCGAAAUGGUUAUUACCUGUUCUAUUGACUGUAGUUUUAAUCGGUACUCAACGCUAUUUCAAGAAUUCGCUAGUUUUGCCAAGCUUUUACAUCUUGACACUAGUUCUGUUCCAUUUUGUUGUUGCAAUCACUCCAACAUUAUCUUUAGAUACUUUGAGACAAGCUGGAUGGAUCUUUCCGAUCGCUAAUUCAGAUAGUAAGUGGUACGACCACUAUAGAUUAUUUAAUGUCCAUAAAGUUCAUUGGUCACUAGUUUUGCAACAAAUACCAACAAUGAUGGCGCUGACAUUCUUUGGUAUCCUACACGUUCCUAUAAAUGUGCCCGCAUUGGCCAUGUCGCUCCAAAUGGAUAAGUAUGAUGUUGACAAAGAACUGAUCGCGCAUGGUUAUUCAAACUUUUUCAGUGGAUUAUUAGGAUCUGUCCAAAACUACUUGGUAUACACUAACAGUGUUUUGUUUAUUAGAGCAGGUGCUGAUUCGUCAUUUGCUGGUUUCCUUUUAAUAGCUUUGACCAUAUGCAUCAUGAUCAUUGGCCCUGUCAUAAUAUCAUUCAUUCCGAUCUGUAUAGUGGGCUCUCUGAUUUUCCUACUGGGUUACGAGUUAUUGGUAGAAGCGCUGGUCGAUACGUGGAAUAAAUUGAACAAGUUCGAAUAUUUGACUGUUGUAAUUAUUGUUUUCACGAUGGGUAUCUUUGAUUUUGUCUUGGGUAUUAUCGUUGGCAUCUUAAUCGCAUGUUUUUCGUUUUUGGUCGAUAGUACGAAAUUGCAAACUGUUAACGGUGAAUAUAAUGGGAACGUCGCAAAAAGUACGGUGUAUCGUGACUACGUCCAAACAAAAUUUUUAGAUGGUAUCGGUGAGCAAAUAUAUGUUUUGAAACUCCAAAAUCUUUUGUUUUUUGGAACUAUUUUAUCUAUUGAAGAAAAAAUUGAAAGAUUGUUGCAAAUAAGCAAUAAAGAUGCGACAAAACGGAGAAUAAAAUAUUUAAUAUUGGACUUUAAAAAUAUCAAUGCUGAUAACAUUGACUAUUCUGCGGCAGAAGGUUUCAACAGAAUUAAAAGAUUUACGGAAACCAAAAGAAUUAAACUAAUCAUAUCUUCAAUCAAAGAAAGGGAUCGUAUAUACAACGCCUUCAAUAACGUGGGGUUGUUAAACGAUGUGGAAUUAUUUGCUGAUUUAAACAGUGCAUUGGAAUGGUGUGAAAAUGAAUUUCUCUUUCAAUAUAAACAAUUAAGAAAAAAGGCGAAAGAAAGACUGGAAGAAAGAAAGCAAAAUAAUGUUGUGUCUGCAGUAAUCGCAGCCACCCAAAACAAAAAAAUUGAUUCAGUGGGGAAUAGUUUGAACGGGGGAGGCAGUAGAGACGCUGUCAGGAAUCUAAUGUCACUACCAACCAAUACUCCUCGUAAUUACCAAAUGCUUUCUGUAGCACAGAAUGUAUUCGCAAAUGACGAACAAGCGGUGAAGAAUUUUAAGAAGGAGUACAAAGAUGAUGAACCUGUCCUACCUAUAUUGUUAUUUGCAUUAAAGCAGUACAGACCCGAUAUAAUGUCCGAAGUUCAAAAGGUAAGAGAAAAGGAAAUCAAGUUUUGGGCACAACUGUGCCCAUAUUUCACCAGGCGCAGAUUAGCAAGUCAAUCACUUUUACUACAUGCAGACAACAUUUUUUUCCUUGUAGAAACAGGUAUGUUGAAGGCAACAUAUGAAUUGCCACAAGGUACCUUGUACGAGAUUUUUUCAAAUGGCACAUGUUUCGGGAAAAUCAUUGCGCCAGGGAAUGCUAUGCCUAGAGAACAAAAGCUCACCAUCGAAACAGAAACAGACUCCGUACUAUGGGUUAUAGACUCUAGCUCUUUGAAGAAAAUGAAAGAAGAGAACUUAUCAUUGUACGUGGAGGUUGCAUUAAUGGUCAUGUGCAUCAAGGACACUAGAUUUAAAGAAUUACUAGGUUACACACUUGUUAGCGCAUGA